AGUUACGGAUGGUCGCACGGGAAAGAAAUCAUGAAUGGACGACCAGACACGCUGAAAGGUUCUUACUACGCUAACCCCGUGGUAGAUGUUCCCGACGUCAACCCCGCUGUAAAAGCUGCGUAUCCACCAAUCUACGGCAAUAACAUUUGGCCCGACAAGAACGAAAUCGGUAUAGAGGGUUUUGAAGAAGCCUUCAAGGAUCUGGGAAGGUUCGUUUUCGAUGUUGGGCGUCAACUCGCGGGCGCCUGCCAGCCCUUUGUCUCCAAAUAUUUGACGGAUGUGUCUUUAUCUGUUCCAGAACUCAUCAGCGCACAAACCGCUAAAGCUCGCCUUUUGCACUACUUCCCUCCUGAAAAUAACCCUACCACUGAGGAUGAACCCAUCGAUAGCUGGUGCGGCUUUCAUAAAGAUCAUUCACUCCUGACAGGGUUGUGUUCGGCAAGUACACCAGGAAUGGAGCCUACUGCUGUUCCUUCACCUUCUCCGACGUCCGGCUUGUACAUCAGAACUCGAGGUGGAGAUCUGACAAAGGUUUCGAUUCCUCCAGACUGCCUUGCCUUCCAAACAGGCGAGGCCCUGGAGCUAGUCACUGCUGGAAAGUUACGAGCAACGCCUCACUGCGUGCGGGUUGGGCAAACACAAGUUGGAGUAAAGAUAUCACGAGAGACUUUUGCUCUCUUCAUGCAGCCCGAUACCCAUCAACGUAUCUCUGAAAGCGAUACCUUCGGGUCAUUUAGCAAGAAGGUGCUGGAGGAACACUAUGAGGAAGCCAGGGUAAUAUGA